ACCAGUCAGGGUCGUGCUAAUCGUGCGUCGUCAUUCCAAUAAGAAGGUGAUCGUCUCGAGCACAGGCACAUCAGGUUUUACCGUGAUUUGUGAAAUGAUUGGACAGGACUGUAUGAUUAUAAACACUCGGAAAUUCCGUGACGUCACAAAUUAACACAUAAUGUGGAAGAUAAGUCUGAUGCUGCUGGGGGCCUUGGUCAUGGCCUCCGCCCAAAAAACGUUGGAUGAGCUGAUUGAUGAGAUAUCGCGUGAAAAUCCCAAUCUCAAUAAUAAUGCUCCAAAUCCCCAAUCAAGACCAUCACAACCACCUGCAUCUAAUGAUGGAAAUGUUGAUAAACUCAUUGAGUCGGUUUUUGGUACAGGAGGCAACAAUGACCAACGUAUUGAUAAUCAGAAGAAUAGUAAUAAUAAUGAUGACUGCGAGUGUGUGCCUUACUACCAGUGCCAGAAUGGCUCCAUUGUUGAUGAUGGAGUUGGAAUCAUUGACAUUAGGCUUCAAGGACCUUGUGAGAGCUAUCUCGAUCUAUGCUGUGCACAACCAAAUAUCAUACAGAAGCCAGAGGUGACUACACGACCAACAGUGCCAGUACGUAGGGGAUGUGGACACCGUAAUCCCCAGGGUGUGGGAUUCAGGAUCACUGGGGAUCAGGAUAAUGAGGCGCAGUUUGCGGAAUUUCCAUGGAUGGUGGCUAUUUUGACGGACAAGGAUAUCAAUGGACAGACUUUAAUUGUCUAUCAGUGCGGAGGGUCUCUCAUACAUCCCAGUGUAGUGCUCACAGCUGCCCACUGCGUCGUCGGGAAGACACCACAACAAUUGAAAAUUCGUGCAGGAGAAUGGGACACUCAGACCAAAUCUGAGAUUUACCCUCAUCAGGAUCGCGAUGUGGCGAAUUACGUCGUUCACGAGAAUUUUCAUGCUGGGGCACUGCGCAAUGAUUAUGCUCUCCUCUUUCUCUCCCGACCAUUGGAUAUCGCUCAGAAUGUCGAUGUUGUUUGUCUCCCUGAAGUCAAUGACGUCUUCGACGGGUCCAGGUGCUUCGCCAGUGGAUGGGGCAAAGAUGUUUUCGAGCAACAAGGUCGUUACCAGGUAAUCCUCAAGAAAAUUGAUCUCCCAGUAGUCAACCCUGCACUUUGUCAGAACAGUCUCAGGACGACUCGUCUUGGAAAGUUCUUCGUUCUCGAUAAGAGCUUUAUCUGCGCUGGGGGCGAACCUGGAAAAGAUACGUGCAAGGGCGAUGGAGGAAGUCCCCUGGUCUGUCCACUUCGCAGUAAUCCUUCUCGUUACGUUCAAGCUGGAACCGUCGCCUGGGGCAUUGGUUGCGGUGAUAAUGGAAUUCCUGGAGUCUACGCAAACAUCGCAGCAGCUCGCAACUGGAUUGAUCAGCAACUCGCUUAUAAUAAUUUAGAUAUCACCGGCUACGUACCGUAAUUAUUAAUACGUAAUUAAUAAUGUAUGAUUUUCAUCCAAUGAAAGAUAAAUUGUACAACAUUAUGAAGGAAAACAUUCAUAUAUAAUAAACUAAUAAAUGACAGGUCGUUUUUUAUUUUGUAAA